AUGCCCACAACAGGCAUGGUCAGGGACGACUCCCUGCUUACAAUCACUAUGUCAACGAGCAGCCCAAACGUGUUACAAAGCCUACUCCCCACUAUACCUCUAACGACUUCACCUCACAAGCGCCUUCCGCGCCGGGUGUUCGGGUCCAUCGGCACCGACCUCGAGAAGAUGUCGGAAAUCGGGGCGGCCGUCUACGACCCACGGGUCAGUCCUUCCUCCUCAAAAACAACCACCAAUACAUGUACCUCAACGUCCAAUACCACUCUGGAGGAUCUAGCGAAGUCAACGACCGCUAGCCACUUUCUCGUGGAAGAAUGGAAGCAUGAAACUGAAACAACCUGCAAGGCCUUCUGGCAUCGAGACCGGAAGAAGAAGACCGGAACCCUCACACGGCGCGACCAUAUCACUGCCAGUUUACCAGGUCGACGAUCUUCGGCCGUACCAAUCAGUCGAUCGAAAAAAUGA